AUGUUGUUGCCUUUCUCCAUCUUCGUUAUUUAUUCGAUUCUUAUUGAGAUAUAUCCAUGCAAGAAAUUAAUCGUUCUAAAUGAAUAUUUGGCAAGCGACUUAUUGACUGUAUUAGAAGACGAUAAUACUUUCUUCAUUGGAUCAAAGAAUCGAAUUAUAACAAUAUCUGCUAAAAGUUUCCGCUUAAAAGAGAUAGUACCAUUAAAUGUAACAGCCACAGGAGCGGCAGAAUGCUUGAUGAAGGGAUUUGGAGAGAAGCGAAAUUUAUUUGAAGAAUGCGAAGUUGGGAUAAAUGCUAUUGGUCUCAGUACGUUCAGUAGAGAUUGCCCAGCCUAUCACCUAUCAUAUCAAAAUUAUACAUUCACGGCAUUAGCUGUGGAUAUUUCAUGUCAGAUGCAAACAUUGCUUCGAGCUCUUCCACAGCAUCGAAAGCUUUGGAUACCUGUUAACGAUGAUCGUUGGUUUAAUGAGCCAGAAUUCAUUGCAUUAUUUGGCUGGAAACAAUAUGUGUACGUCAUUUUCAAUGAAAAAACUUAUCAAGGUGCACAAGGCCGGAUUGGUGGUAUAUGCGCAAAUGACGUGGGCAUCACUGAUAUCGACGUACCGUACAAAAAUACAUUCAAUUCAUUUGGCAAACUUUCUCUUACUUGUCCUCUAGGCUUCAAUAAUUUACAAUUGAAAAUACUCAAAACGGCGCAAAUAUCUUCAAAUAUCAUUUUCAUCAUAUUUUGGAAUGGUUUUGGGCGGUUGCCGAUAUCUGCUUUAUGUAUAUUCGACCUAAACAUCAUAGAGGAAAAAUUAUUUGGUGAAGAUAAAGUUCUCGAAGCGACUUGGAAAAUGAAAGAAAGUCACUGUCCAAAAAGAAACAAAUCUGGUUUUCCAAGAAUUUUAGACAAAACAGCAACUUUUCCGAAUCCGCAUGCAUAUUACAUUUUCCCAGAAAUGACUGAAAUAGUAUCUGUAAAUGUAGAAUACAGCGAUGACGGAAACUAUCAAAUUAUUGCAAUGUCCAAAAAAGCGGAAGUAUACGGCCUAAUCUUUAAUGGUAGCUUGAUUAAUGAGAAGUGGAUUGACCAGAUUAUGGUCAGUGGGAAAAUAUUGGAAAUGAGAAUUCGAAAAAAGUCAUUCACAGUACUUGCAUCGGAUUCUUUCAAAGAAUACAAAGUAAAAGAUUGGUCUUCAGAAAUUGCCGAGAAUAUCAACCAAAAUACAAGGCGGCAAUGUAACUGCGAAUGGACAGAAUGGAGUAGCUGUUCACAGAGAUGUGGUGGAGGAUAUCGAAAUCGAGAAAGGCGCUGUUUACUUGGCAAUAAUCGCAACAGUUCUUUCAAAGAAAAUCAACAACAGUAUCAACCAUGUAAUAACGUAUCUUGUAAUGAAGUUCGACGGUACAGUGCUUGGAGUCAAUGGUUAACAUUAGAAGGAAGUACUGAAAUUCGAUAUCGUGCAAGCUGUGGUGUUGAAAUACCGGAUCCCAUGUCAAUCAAAACGACACUUCACGGAUCAAAACGUGUAUUGACGCAUGAGUGGCUAGCGUGGAAUGAAUGGACAGCAUGCAGUGCAACUUGCGGUAAUAGUUUACGUAGUCGCUGGCGCAUAAAGAAAGGCCUUGUUCUGUCGUAUGAUGAUAGUAUUCAGUACAUCGUCGAACCAUGUUCAAUACCAUCGUGUGAAUUUGAUGAUAUGGUUGAAUGGACGAAUAAAAGUGACGUUCGGUGGAGGAUUUUAAAAUGUUCAUCUUCGGAUGAUUGCAUCUAUAAGCUCGGCAUCAAUGAUUUUUCUCACGGUAUCAAUUUGCUUCUCUGA